GCUUUGUCGCUGGCACACGUCGAAUUGCGCGGUCUCUCUGCAGAAGAUUUUUUGAUAAUUUCUAUUCUAGUCAGCAAUUGCCUUCGCGUGUGAAAACAUCGCACGGAAAAAUUAUCACUUAGUUAUCACCUACUUAUAACCACCCCCUUGUUAAUCCCUGGAAUACACUAACCAAAGCUGAAAGUGAGGCAAAUUUGUGAUCAAACUCUUUUUGUGGGAAGAAGUACGAAGAAACAGCCAAGAUGACUCUCUUAUCUGGUGGCGACAAUGUUAUUAAAUAUCUACUCUUCAUAUUUAAUUUUCUUUUUGUGAUCACGGGUAUAAUUCUCCUGUCCAUUGGUCUUGCGGUUCAAGGAGUCUUCUUUGGAUAUGAACACCUCUUGGUGGACAGAUUCUUUGCCAUUCCCGCUUUUCUCAUUGCCAUUGGUGUCAUCAUCUUCAUCAUUGCCUUCUUCGGAUGCUAUGGAGCUAUUCGGGAAAACUACUGCAUGGUACUUACUUUCUCAAUUCUCCUGAUCUUGGUGUUUAUCCUGGAAUUGGCAGCUGGUAUCAGUGGUUACGUUUUGCGGAAUGAAACAAUGGAACUUGUGGAAACGAGUCUUAGGGGUAGUAUGCAGUCCUACGUCCACAACGAGACUGAAGCCAUCCAUACCACAAUUCUUUGGGAUAGUAUUCAGAGAAAUUACCAUUGCUGUGGAAUUCACAAUCUAACGGACUGGACAACAAUUGAGAACGUAAAAAACAACGAUAUCCCGAUUUCUUGCUGCGAUCUACCACCAGCAGCCAUGGGUAACUUUACGUGCAAUGACGAUAUUGUGGACCGAACAGGAUGUUUGGAAGAGUUUGGGAACUUCAUUGAAGCGCAUGCUGUUAGCCUGGGAGCGGCUGGAAUAGCCAUUUGCAUAGUCCAAUUCGUGGGUAUUUUCUUUGCCUGUUACCUUGCGAGGCAGAUAAAGAAUAAGCAAGGCGGUCAUUCGGGCUUCUGAGGUGAUGGUUGAGGGUAUAUAAGGUUGUCUUCUAGAGUAAACAUCCUUCUAAAAAUUGAAAUAAUCAUAAAUUGAGGAUGUUUUUUGUUCAUGCAAAUACUGUAUUCUUUUCUUUAUUUAUUCAACAGCUCCAUAAAACCAGGUUAACAUUAAAAGAAAUUUUACAUUUUCAUUUAAAUUUAGAUAGAAAUUUCUUUGACUUUUUUUUUCAAAUACAGCAAAUAUUUGCCAAAAAAACCAAAUGAUUUUCCACAAAGAAUUGCAAUUGUAAGACUUCUGUGUUAAAAAUUUGCGACAGAGAUAAUAAAAAAAAAGAUUAAAUUGUGAUUCAACUGA